AUGAACGUUACCCCUCUGGCCAUCGAAAAACUCAAGGAAGUGGUCACCGCUGAGGAAGAAACCGGUUCCGCCCUGCGGGUGGUUGCCAUGCCGGCCGGUCAAGGUCUGCAGUACAUGCUGACCAUGGAGAAGGAGCACCAGCCUGACGACACCGUACUCCGCAUGGAAGGCAUGGAGUUCCUCCUGGACUCGGACAGCGCGCCGUUCCUGGAAGAAGCCACCAUUGACUACGUCGAAGAGUUCGGCGGUCGGGUCGGGUUCGUAAUCAACAACCCGAUGUACGCCGGUGGCGGCGGAUGUGGCAGCGGUGGUUGCGGCUGCGGCGGUGGGGGAUGUGGCUGCGGAAGCGGCGGCGGUGGUUGCGGCUGCGGCGGACACUAG